UAUAUAUAUACGCGUGCACGUGCACACACACACGCGUACACACGCACGCACACACACACACACACACAUGCACACUAACUACAACAGAAAUAAUACACCAUAAAAGACAGCUACGUCUCCUCUAUAUUUAAUUGUUUAUAAUGUGCUAUUAUUCGUAGCUUAAGUGCAAUUUUAUUUGGUUCUAUUCUAGUAUGUGUUUCUUCUUAGUUUAUGCAGCCAACUUCACUUCUGACCUGUCUGAAAGCUUUGGUAGCUUGCAAAUACAUGUAUUCUAUAUAAUUUAUCACUAUACACUGAUAUAUGUAGUAACAGAGCACGUAUGACGUAUAUCAUAUGAUCAGAAGUAGAUAAUAGGAAAUCCCUAUUAUCUACUUCUGAUAUGAUAUACGUGCUCUUUAGUAAUAUGGAGUAGCGAAAUUGGGAUUUAUAUUCUUUAUUUUAUUUUCCGAGUUGAUCAAAGUACCCGUGUCAACUGUUCUUUGCUGGCACGUGUACUCGCGUACAUACAAGUAUAUAUACAUGCACUGAUUACUGUUUAGGCCUAUAUAAUAAUAAUUGAAUAUAUAUGUAAUCUAAAACUUAACGUAGUGAGACAUCUGUGUAUAAUGUAAUUUUGUGCGUCACAUUUACAGGUUGCGCGUACAUGUUUUUGUUAAAACUGCUUGUAUUUGAAAUAAGUGCAUCAUAAUAAAAUGUAAAAAAUACUGUAAAACUUGAACUUGUUCCGAGAGAUGGCGCAUAAGCACACGCAAGAUGGACGCACCCACCAAUUCAUUUCACUCAGUGCACAUUUAGUGUAGUACUUGAGACUUAGUUGACGUUUGCAAUUGAAUUUAUAGUAUACCAAGUUGGAAGCUUUAAAUAUAAUACAUAGUGAUACAGAACCUGCGCCGACAUUCAUCUGAGAUGUCGUUACCAUGCAGUUUACACGUUCCGUGGCGGUUAGUGGCACUGUCACGUUCUUCACGAUUGCUCACCCCGUCUACACAAACACGGUUAAGAACUUGCUUGAACUAUAGAUACUGUGUCAAUUCUGUUAUUCCGUGCCAAUCGACAAUAUUGCUACAUGAAACUAGGUGUAGUCUAAUUCUGAUGCGAGAAUUUGGCAUGCAAUAUAGGGCCAGAUCAUCAAUAUUAAUUGACCAGCCACAGAGUUGUGAACUCAUGUACCAGCAGAAGUCACUGCAUGUCAGUGCUGUCCAACAAGCUGGCCACUCUAAGUGGCAAAAUAUACGACAUAUAAAGGCCACAAAGGACCAGCAGAGGUCGAAAAUAACAAGCAAGCUUGUAAUGAAGAUAAAGUCAGCAGUUCAGGAGGGAGGGAGUUCAGAUCCAGGCACAAAUCUACAACUUGCUCAUAUUAUCGAACAGUGCAAGAAAAACGACAUCCCUAACUCAACGUGGUCUGAUGCAUUGAAGAAAUCGACACAGAAGGGUAACGCCACGACCGCUAUAGUGCUGGCUGGACGCCAUACAAGUGGCGCAUUUUUUGUGCUCGAAGGUGAAGUGGAAAAUUCGAAAGCGAUGAGAGAAAAGUUCAAGGGCAUUGCAAGGAAGCAAGGUGUCAUGGCUGUCGAGACAAGCCACAUCAAGAUGGCGUUUGAGCACAAGGGCGUUAUACUAGUUGAUUCCAGCUCCAUGGCUCUGGAUGACGCUGAAAACGUAGCGAUUGAGGUGGGAGCCGAGGAUGUCUCUGAAAUACCAAAUAUGGAAUCGGAAACCGAGGGCACCACUGUCUUUCAGUUCGUCUGCGAUGCUAACGACUUCUUUGGGGUGCGUAAAGAGAUGGCCCAGCGCGCGCUGGCCAUCCAAUCAGCGCAGCUUCAGUAUGUCCCGUUGAACAAGGUGCCAGUAAGCGAUGAUGAUAUGGCUCGGCUCGCCAAGUUUGUACAUAAACUAGAGGAAAUGGAGGAGUACAUGAGCAUCACGGACAACAUUGAGUGACGUGCCAUGGCUUCCUCAGCACAUGGUUGAGCCUUCUCCAGCAACACGUCACCGACUGUUACUGGCACGUUUACUCUUGUUCUUGGCGUGUGUUCAGUUACGUAUACUAGAUUCUUCGUAAAGAAGCACAUUUGGUAUGGGAAAAAAUUAUCUCUGUUUUUAUCUAUCAGUUGUUGACCUAUUUAUGUAGAUUAGCAACUUAGAUUCUAUCUCUCUAAGAGAUGAUGAUGAAAAUUGAUUUUUUAUUAUUUUCUGUAACUUUGCUAAAGUGAACUGCUGCUAUUGAGUGGUAGUUUAUGACCUAGCUGUUAAAAAUUAUACCUGAGCUAAGUUUCAGAUAUUCAUUGUGAUGAUUUCAAGUACAAGAAACAUGCAAAUUAUAAUAAAUUAUGAUCUCAUUGACUGAUAAUAGUUAUUAGUAGUGAUGCCUCUAUGGUAUACUCCACGACAAUUUAAUAAAAAUGGGAUUUCAUCUUACUAUAAA